AUGUGGACGGGACAUGGCUCGAGCCCGACAUCGAUUGCUGCUGGACAAGUUGUGGUGAUGUCGUUUCUGGCAGAAGUGACACGGGCGGUGGAUCAACAAGCUGAGCUGCUGCAACUGCUGCAUGAGCUCGAGGCUGCGGACAGGGCGAAUCGGCUGCUGACCGAUGAUCUGGAGCUGGCCAAGGCGACGACAAAGACGGCUGUAGCGAGCUCGACAAAGGUAGGCCACUCGCUGACGGCGCUGCGAUCGCUGCAUGAGAAGAGCAUGGCCAAGGCAAGGGGCGAGAUUGCCGAGCUGAGCGAGAAGCUGGCGGCAGCAGAGAGCGUGCUGCACGACUAUGAGGAAAAGACAGCGACGGCGGUGGCGCGGGCAGACGCCGCGAGUGCCCGCGCCGAUGCUGCCGAGGCUCGCGCGGCCGAGGAGGCCAAGCGAGCGCGGACGCUGGCGCGCAAGCUGGAGGACGACGCAGCGGCUCGGCGGGUCGAGGCGCGCAGGGACGCCGCAGCCGAGUUUGAGCUCCUCAAGGAAGAGCUGCUUAUCGAGCUUGGGCUGGCGACCCGCAAGAAGGAGGCAGAGAUCGACCAGGUGCGGACCAAGCUUCAUGCCAGGCUCCGCCGGCGCGAGCAAGAGAAGAGUGUGUCGGGUGAGCUCGACUACGGCAACAAGAAGCUGCAGCAGCGGGUGAAGGAGCUGAAGACUCGACUGGCUGCAGCAGUGUCAGCUCGAAACGAGCUCCAGACAACCAAGGUACAGCUGCAGGCACAGCUUGCGGAGCUCCAGGCCAAGUACAACGCUAACGUCUCCAAGUGGAAGUCGCGGUACGCCUCGGUCGCCCGGUCGGCCAAGGAAUUGCACUCGUCCUCGACGCUGCGCGGGGAGCAGGCACAAAUGCUCUCGUCGCAGCUGGCAGCAGUCAAAGUUGAGCUGAAGGCGGCGCACAAGGACCGCAUCGUCCUCGAGUCACAGCUCUCGCAGGCCAUGGCGGACAAGACGGUGGCGAUGGCCAAGGCGGAGGAGCUCGCUGCCGAGGCCGCGCGGGCACAGUCGACGGCGCGGACGACGACCGAGACCGCAUCGCGGCUGGAGGUCAAGCUCAAGCAAGUGUCCAACAUGCGCAAGUCUGUGGCGAUGUCCGCUAUGGAGGACAAAGUCAAGCUCCAGGCCCAGGUCGACAACCUCAAGGUGAGCCUCGACGACACGUCAGCGCAGCUCGCUGAGGCCAAAGCUGCGCUCGCCGCCAAGGAUGCGGCGCUCAAGCAGGCGCAGACGUCCAAGGAGACAACGUCGUCGAUCAAGGACGCGCUGGCGGACGACCUCGCCAAGGCGCGGGAAGAGCUCGUCGAGGCACAAGCCCAGGUGGCGGCGCUCUCAUCGGCCAAGUACUCGCUCGAGACGCAGCUCAACGAGGCCGUCUCGCGGCUUGAGACCGAACUCUCGGUGGCAGAACAUAACGCCGAGACAGCGGCGAUGGCCACGGCCGAGCUCCGCGAGCGGCUGCGGGCGGUCGAGGCCGAAGCUGAGGCUGCUCGCGCCGCGCAGCGCGAGGCCGAGGACGCGUUGACCGAGGCGCACUCGUCGGCGCGGGUGACCGGUGACACGCUCACCGAGGUCAAGGCCGACCUCGAGGACCAGUUGAGCGGAACACGGCUGGCCCUGGCGACGGCCAACGACGAGGUGGCGCGGCUGGAGCGCGAGGUGGCGCAGCUGCGGCUCGACACCGCCGCCGCCGACGCCGACGCGCGCAAACAGGUCACCGACCUCGCGCUGCAGCUGAAGGAUACCAGGCUCAAGAGUCAGCACAGGGUCUCUGUGCUGGAACAGGACCUCGCCAAGGCCAAGGCUGAGCUCUCAAUGGCGAUGGACAACUCCAACUCGAAGCUCGAGCUCGAAAAGGCGGCGCGGACCAAGCUCGAGGCCCAGUACCGGGCACUGAAGAAAGAGCGGGCGUCACUGGUCCACGAACUCGACGAGCAGGCGAGCUCGGUCAUCCAGAGCCAGGCCAAGGUCGAGGCGCUCACUGAGGCUCUGAGCGGGAAAAAGGCAGCGCUGGUCAGCGUCAAGCGCGAGCUGCGCGAGGCACGGGCCGAGGCAGCCGCUGCCAGCCGCGCAGCCGAGCGUGCCGACGAGCGAGCAGCUAAGCUCACCAGGCAGAUUGAGGAGCUCAACGAGCGACUGGCCGAAAUGCAGGCGUCGCGGCGCGAUCUGAUGGCGUCUGCAGCGAGCCUGCCGGCGAGCGGGCUCUCUGCCGCGUCGCUCGCGUCCGAGGCCACCGGAAUUGGAAGUACGGGCGACGGGAGCGACGGAGCGCGGGUGGCGCAGCUCGAGUCGGCGCUGGCAGCAGCCGAGGAGCAAGCGGCGUCGGCGCGCGAGCGGGCACGGAUGCUGGAAAGCCAGAACAUGGAGCUCUCUCAUGCCAACCUGGAGCUGUCGGAGGAAGCCGACGCGGCGAGCGGGCGGGUGACCGAGCUGGUAGCGGCCAAGGCGCAGCUUGCGGCACAGCUGCAGUCGGCACAGGGCCGGAUCCGGGCGCUGUCGGACGCCGGCGACGGCGACGGCGACGAGGCGACCGAGGCUGCGGAGCGGGGGCAGGUGGUUGCGCUCUCGGCGCGGAUCUCGCAGCUCGAGCUCAACCUCAACGCGGCGUCGUCGGCCAAGGCGCGGGCCGAGUCCAAGGCCAACGAGCUGGUGCGGGCGAACCUCGAGGCGUCACUGGCCAUCAAGACCGCCGAGGCUGCGCGAGCGGCAGCAGAGAACGCGGCGGCGUCGGCGCAAAAGGCACGGGCACAACUGCGGCAGGAGCUCGAGGUGGCGCAUGCGGCGCGGGCGUCGACCCAGGCGUCGCUCGAGGAGGCGCGGGCCGAUGCCGACAGUGCACGGUCGGAGGCGGCCGAGGCAGUCGCCGAGCGCGACGGUGUGCGGCGGGCGCUGGCCAAGGCCGAGGCGGAGCUCGAGACGCUGCGCCGUCGGAGCGCCGACGCGCGCGAGCAGGCUGACGCGCUGCAGGCGACACUCGCGCAGGCCGGCUCAGAGCAGGUCCAGGAGCUCGGGGCACAGCUGGCGGCAGCGACGGCGCAGGCGUCCGAGGAGGCGCAGCGGGCGGCCGAGGCACAGGCUAAGGCCGCUGGCCUCGAGGCCGACCUCGCGACGCAGCUCGCCGAGCUCGAGCGAGUCCGCAAGCUCGCCGACGAGUGGAAGGUCUCGGCCAAGGAGGCGCAGACAGCGCUCCGCAUCGAGUCACUCAAGCGGCAGGAGAUGGAGGACCAGACAGCACGACUGAAGCGGUCGGUCGAGUCGCUGCAGUCGUCGAUGGCCGAAAAGGUGGACGAGGAGCGCGACAGGCUCAACGCCGUGCUCAAGGACCGGCUCCGCAUUCUCGAGGAGCGCAAGGCCCGCGAGGUUUCCGGCAAGGUCGAGCGCGAGCAGGUCUCGGGCCUUGGUAAGGUCACCGCAUGGAAGCAGGAUGAGGCCUCCCGGGUGAAGAUGGAGGCCGUCCUUGCCCGACGUGCCCGCCAGGCGCAGCUCGAUGCCGCUGAGGCUGAAGACAACGCCCGCCGGGCCGGAGGCGAGGAAUGAAGCAUGGGGGGUGGGGGGUGGAGUUGUUGAACAAAAAAUUGUUGCAUGUG